GUCACUCAAAUAAAGGACCGUAAAGAGGAGCGAGGUUUGUGAAGGAGCAAGGGACAUACAACGUCAAGCACAUUGGGUUGUUAAAGUAUUUAGAUCCAUCUUUUAGAAUGAAAGAUCACUGUUUGAUUCUUCUAGUCCUGUCACUCUCAGCGAUCAGUGUACAGGCCUUGUGGAGGUUAAAACUGAAGAAAAUGCCCUCCAUACGAGAGACCCUCAAGGAAAUAGGUGUCACUCCAGCUCAAGUGAUGUCUGAGAUUAUGCCAAAAUUUUAUGAACCCUCACCCACCAAUGGCACAGCACCGACAGCUCUAAUUAACUACUUGGAUACUCAGUACUUUGGUGAGAUCAGUAUUGGUUCACCAGCUCAGAUGUUCAACGUUGUGUUUGACACUGGUUCUGCAAACCUUUGGGUUCCCUCACACAGCUGUUCUCCUCUAUACACAGCCUGUUUCACACACAACAGGUAUGAUGCUUCCAAAUCCCUCACUCACAUUUUCAAUGGCACAGGAUUCUCCAUCCAGUAUGCUUCUGGAAACGUCCGGGGAUUUCUGAGCGAGGAUGUGGUUGUUGUGGGUGGUAUUCCCGUGGUGCAGGUUUUUGCAGAGGCAACGGCUCUUCCUGCGAUUCCAUUCAUCUUUGCCAAGUUUGACGGAGUGUUAGGGAUGGGUUAUCCAAACGCAGCCAUUGAUGGAAUUACACCUGUUUUUGAUCGCAUCAUGUCACAACAUAUCCUAAAUGAGGAUGUUUUCUCUGUGUAUUACAGUAGGGACCCAACACACAUACCUGGGGGAGAGCUUGUACUGGGGGGAACAGACCCGAAGUACCACACUGGAUCUUUCCACUAUGUCAAUACCAAAGAGGAAGGCAAAUGGGAGGUCACCAUGAAAGGAGUUUCGGUGGGGGCAGACAUGCUGUUUUGCAUGGACAGCUGUACGGCUGUGAUUGAUACUGGCUCCUCCUACAUCACAGGACCUGCCUCCUCUGUUUCUAUUCUGAUGAAAACAAUCGGGGCCGUUGAGCUGGCUGAGGGAGGGUACACUGUGAACUGUGAUCUGGUGAAGUCUUUGCCCAGUGUGGCCUUUCAUCUUGGUGGUCAGGAAUAUCCUCUCACAGAAGAGGACUAUAUUCUCUGGCAGUCAGAAUUUGGGGAGGACAUCUGUACUGUGACCUUCAAAGCGUUGGAUGUGCCUCCCCCUACUGGUCCCGUUUGGAUUCUGGGGGCAAACUUCAUAGCUCGAUAUUAUACCAAAUUUGAUCGGAGAAACAAUCGUAUCGGCUUCGCUCUAGCAGUCUGACAACAACUGGGAUCACUUUGACUUUAGCCUAACAUCAUAUUGCACAUAUCACAUAUAAACUACAAAUAGGUGGCCACUUGAUCUGUCACAUAAGAUAUAAAUGCUGUCCUUUUAAGAGUUUAUUUUUAGUUACAUUUAUUUUUCUGUGAUCCAGGUUUGGAUUAGUAUAGUGGUGCUGGUCCAAGAAUAACAAAUGAUAUGUCAGGAGUGAUCUUUUACAACAGUGGGAUAUGUGGGUUUAUUAUAUACUUUGCUAACUUGCUCCGAAAGGGAAAAUAGUGUUGAAUUCACUUGCAAAAUUAAAUAGGUCUCUCAUUUAUAUUAUUUGCACUAUUCACUCCUGUCUCUGAUUUUAAGUCAUUUUAUUUAUGCACUGUGACUUGGGCAUCAGAAAGUGUGCAAUACUUGAUUACUACAUGUAAAAUAAACACAUAUGCCCAAGAAAUCCACUUGCUUUUUGCACCAAUGUAUUCACCAUAGUAAUCUACUAGUAAACACUUUAACAUAAGGUUCUAUUCAUUAACAUUAGUAAAAGGAAUAGUUUAACCAGUGAUGAAAAUUCUCUCAUUAUUUAUCCCAGAAGUGUAUGACUUUUAUUUCUUCUACUGAACACAAACAAAGAUUUUUAGAAGAAUAUCUCAGCUUUAUAGUCCAUACAAUGCAAAAGAAAGGUGCCCAGAAAUCUGAAGGUCCAAAAAUGCAUAUAAAGUCAGCUUAAAUGCAAUCCAUUUGACUUCAGUGGUUAAAUCAAUGUCUUCAGAAGCAAUAUGAUAGGUAUGGGUCUUUUUUCCCCCUAUAAAUUCUCCUUCCUGCUCAGUAGGCGGUGACAUGCACGAAGAAUGUGAAUUAUCAAAAACAAAAGAACAAGAAUGAGGAAGUGAAAGUGGAGAUAUAGAGUAAAAAAAGUAUGGUUAAACUCAAGUUUGCAGUGUCCUUGUUACAGUGUAAUAACACAAGUAAUAACUGAUUAUUACUAAUUAACAACAUGUACUUACUAUAGGUUUGGUUUAGGAUUAGUUGCUUGUAAUUAUGCAUAAUUGACUGUAAUUACUAUAGUCAAUAUAUAUAAUAUGUGUAACAAGGACACUGUAAAAUAAAGUGUUACCAAAUAUGAAUCUGUUUCUCAUCCACACUUAUCAUAUCACUUCUAAAGAUAUAGAUUUAACUACUUUAAAUUUUUGGGUGAACUUUCCCUUUUAGGCUUUAGAUAC